UGAAAUGUGUGCCUGCUGGUGGAGAUGUGAACACACUGAUGUGGAAGAUGAAAGGAACAGCUCCUAUUUAGAAAAUGGCUCACCACUGGAACAGAAUUUUACUCCUGGGAUCACUGAUCUUUCCAUUAUGCUACACAGCAGUUAAAGGGAACAUUCCACAGAAUUGUACAGAUUUUCAAACUUCUUCUUGGAGGAAUAUUUUGCAAAUGUUGGACCUCAGUGUCCAAUUCAUGCUGCACACCCGUCAGAACCCAGAUUGUGCCCAACCUAUCAAUGACAGUAAUGAUAUUCGGAAUUCAAACUUUAAUGGAAGUCUGCCCACAAAGCUAAUAAUGCAUGGAUACAGGAUCACCGGCAGUAAACCAUCUUGGGUUGACACCUUGGCAAAAGAAUUGCUUGAUGCAAUGGAUGUGAACGUUGUCAUUGUUGAUUGGAUUAUUGGUUCAACAGCUUUAUAUCAUAAUGUAGUGCAGAAUUCUGCUGAAUUGGGUUUGAAAGUUUCUAUUCUUAUAAGAGACUUAAUGUCACAUGGAAGCACAGAAGACUCUUUCCAUUUGAUUGGAAUCAGUUUAGGGGCACAUGUAGCCGGAUUUGUGGGUCGCAUGUUCAAGGGAAAACUGGGACAGAUCACAGGUUUAGAUCCUGCAGGGCCCAAGUUUUCAAAAGCAGGUGUUGAUGAGCGUCUUGAUCCUGGGGAUGCGGUCUUUGUUGAAGCCAUUCACAGUGACUCAGAUUACUUUGGAAUUUCUCGACCAGUUGGGCAUAUUGAUUUUUACCUGAAUGAUGGAAAAGACCAACCUGGUUGUACAAGACCCUUUUUAACCUCAGUGUACAAAUACUUAGUUUGUGACCACACCAGAGCAAUUUUUGUGUAUAUCAGCUCCAUCAAGAAUCAAUGUCCUUUGGUCGCUUUCCCUUGUCAGACCUAUGAACUCUUCGCGAAUGGACAAUGCACCAAUUGCAAUAUCCACCCACUACAGCGUUGUCCACGCAUAGGACUUUUGGAGCGUGGGGGCUUGAGUGCAGAUGUGCAGCCAAAGGAAGUUAAAGUGUACCUGAUGACAUCAAGUCAGCCACCUUUCUGUGUGAAACAUUUUCUACUAGAAAUAUUUUAUGAACAAUUAGGAUCUCAUGAGCAACGUGUCAAAAUAAAAUUUUUGAGCAACAGCCAUUCUGACAUAUCAAACCUUCAGCUAACAAUACCUAAAAAACAAUCAAGUGAAAGCAUAAUAAGAAAAGUAAUACCAUACGAUGCCAGGUUUGGGAACAUGGAUGACAUCACUAUUCAACUGUUAUCCAGUUGGCGUAAGAAAAGAUCUCCAAUUCAUAUUGAGAAGAUACGCAUUAGGGAGCUCCAUUUCAAUGGCAGUGAAAGACCACCCCGCUGUAUCUAUAACAUCCUCUUAUACAGAGAAAUACUGUUUGAGCAGCUUGCUAAUUGUCUUUAGAAACGGCAUGUCUCUAUAUCUUCUGUUGCUUCAAGAACAAGACAUGGCUUUAGUUACCAAAAUAACACAGUAAGAUUAAAUACUUCAAGAUUUCCCUUCUAAGGAAAACAAACAUUACGCCAUAUAUUUAACUGCAAAGAUUUAUUGGGUAGAUUAUGAACAAAGAAGACUCCUGAAUUUGGUCACAUGAAUUGAACGUAAAAAUCUGUUUGACUUUGUUAUAAUGUCCUGUAGCGAUACGGAAUUCAAGGAAAUGUCAGCUAGUGUAAUGAGGUACUAACUGUAGGGAUACUAUCUGUUUGGGACAUAUAGUUACAAGCAGCCUGACAAGAAGACAUAUGACCUGUUUAUAGCUGUAUUGUAGCUUUCACAAUUACUCCACUUUUAGACUAAAUCUUUCAAUCAGUAAAUUAAGGUUAUUGUUAAACUUCAUUCAUCUAAUUUUCUUUCCAAUUCCUCCUCAAAUUAUCCUCACCUAUUCAUCCUGAACAAUUAUGAGAAUUAGGCAUACCAACCAUUUAUUUUUUUAAAAUAUAUCACUUCCUAAUUGACUUCAGUUGGUUUGCAAAGUGACAUCUCUGGAGGAGAUAAUAGGCUCCAGUAUCUGCAAAAUACAAGCUAAAUAUUUACUUACUACAACCUUCCCCAGGCAGCCUGUCUAAAAAUUUCAAGGAUUGAUAUUUUAAAUAAAUAUUAAGCAUAAAUGUCUGUCAAAAUUGCAAGUUAACCCAUUGGCUUAAUGAGCAUAGAUUUUGAUCCUUCAAUUCAUUUUAUCUUCAUUUUGAUCACAUCCUCCACUUCUACCAGAGUAAUGGAGAGAAAAUUAGACUAUAAAAGAUUAACAAUUAACUUAAUUCACAGCUUUAAAUGUUUAAUUCUAGAAGCAGUACAAUGUUGACAGCUACAAUACAACAAUAAACAAAAAUGUCCUCUUAUUAGACCUAUCGUAAUGAUAUGUCUAUUACAGUUCGUACAUAAAUAUGUAAAAAAACUUGCCUGAAACUUUUAUUGUUUUAGCACAUAACGUGCAAGAAAUUAACGGGUGUGCAUUUGCACAUGAAGAAUGAGUGAAUAAAUGAUUUAUUGUCUCGUAUAUCUGGGGAGACACAGUGAAAAGUGUUCUGUUGCCACAAUCUGCUGCCAUUUUGAGGUACAAAGCAAUAAAAAGAACCUACUUAAAUAGAGUUUGCCCUCAAUGGCUGGAGUCCCAAACACAGCUCCAGGACUUUUGCAAAGUCUCAUCCAGGCCCCCUGCUCUGGGCCUAUUGCAACCAGGAGUCCCCGUUCUGUCAUUGCUGCAGUCAACGCCUUGCUGCCAAUUCCAGGAGUCCAUGCAUCGGGCCUACAAAGUCAGGAGACCCUGCCACACUGCCGUGGCUUCCCUGUGACAUCAGGAAGGUGAAGAAAAGAGAAAAAAGAAAACGAGUUAAAAAGAGUGAAAAAAAGAUGCUGCUGGCCUGUAGUUGUUUGCAUAAUAUAUAAUGCCAUGUUAGGGUUAUAGAUUUGAAUAAUUGUUAGUGAUGUAUGGAAUAAAAAAGCUGUAAAUGAUAAAAAAAUUUACAAUAAAACUGGAAGAUAUUAGAAAUGCA